GUUAUUAUUUAUAUUUACUUUUUGGAAAUAAAUUAUUUAUUGGACUAAUUUAGAAAAAAAAAUCUCUUUUUAUUUUAUGCCAAACAUAAUAAUAAUAAAGAUAUAUGUAUUUAUAAAAUAUAAAACUUUUUAAAUAAUAAAGUAUAAAACAAUAUGGUUUCAGGUUGUGACAUGUUUGCUUUUUCCAAAUAUAGUUUAAAAUUUCCCGAAGUUUUACUAUACCAACCACAACAACAAUUAGAAGAACAAUGUAAUAACAUUAACAAUAGGUUGGUUAUUCCAGAGUCCAACUAUUCAUUGGAAUGCCUCAAGGAUUUUAUAUUAUUUAUCAACUACAAAGGUGAAGGUCCUUCAACCGGUUUUUGGGAUUUUGAUUUCAAUAUCUAUUUGGAAUCUUACAAAGAUCUAUUUCCGAUAUAACAUAUGCUCAAAACCACUAUUUUGAAAUACUUCCAAUUUAUCAUAAUAUUUUAAAAGGAAGGUUGUAUACAUUUCAGUGGUUCUCCGAAAUAAUAUCAAAACUGCCAUAUAUAGAUAAAAAUUAAACAAAAUUAAAUAAAAUUUUUUUUUAAAUCAAUUAUUGAUUUGAUCAU